AUGGAUCGAAGUUGGAUGACAAGACCACGCAUAAGUGACGAGUAUGACAAUGGAGUUGAAGAUUUCUUGCAAUUUGCCAAACAUAAUGCAGCACCCAUUGGUGGACUAUACUUAUGUCCAUGUGUUAAUUGUUUGAAUGGACGACGACAAUCUUUGGAUGACAUUAGAACACAUCUUAUAUGUGAUGGUAUUAGUCCAAAUUAUACGAAAUGGAUUUGGCAUGGUGAAUUACCACAAAUGUCAUCAAGCCCUUCGACUGCUCCAGUUGACAAAGAAGUUGGUGAUCGUAUAGAAGACAUGCUACGUGAUCUUGGACAAGAGGGUUUUAGGCAAGCACAUUCACCUUACUAUGAAAGCUUAGAUACUGAUUCUACGACUCCAUUGUAUAUGGGAUGCACAAAGUACACACGGUUAUCAGCGGUCUUAGGUUUGGUGAAUUUGAAAGCAAGAUUUGGGUGGAGUGACAAAAGCUUCAACGAAUUACUUUUGUUAUUGAAGAAUAUGCUUCCUGUAGAUAACACAUUACCCAAGAACCAUUACGAGGCAAACAAGAUAUUAUGCCCUGUGGGUAUGGAAUACCACAAAAUACAUGCAUGCCCUAAUGAUUGUAUUUUGUAUAGACAUCAAUUUGCUGAAAUGCGCAGCUGCCCUACAUGUGGAGCGUCACGUUACAAAGUGAAGUCUGAUGAAAGCAGUGUUGAUGGAAGCACAUACAAAGAUUGUCCAUCAAAAGUGUGUUGGUAUCUUCCAGUAAUACCAAGGUUUAAGCGAUUGUUUGCUAAUGCACAAGACGCGAAAAACCUAACAUGGCAUGCUGAUGGGAGGAUUAAAGAUGGAUUGCUCCGUCAUCCUGCUGAUUCUCCUCAAUGGAAGUCAAUUGAUGAGUUGUAUCCGGAAUUUGGACAAGAUCCCAGAAACCUAAGGGUUGGUCUCGCCUCCGAUGGAAUGAAUCCUUUUGGGAACUUGAGCUGCAACCACAGUUCGUGGCCUGUUUUGUUGAUGAUUUACAACCUUCCUCCUUGGUUAUGCAUCAAACGGAAGUACAUAAUGAUGUGUAUGAUGAUAGCCGGUCCAAGACAGCCAGGAAAUGACAUUGAUGUGUAUCUUGCUCCGUUGAUUGAAGACCUCAGGAAAUUGUGGGUAGAAGGGGUUGAUGUGUAUGACAGGAAUGCUCAGGAGACAUUCAGGUUGCGUGUAAUGAUUUUUUGCACCAUUAACGACUUUCCGGCAUAUGGGAAUUUGAGUGGAUAUAGCGUCAAAGGCCACCACGCAUGUCCUAUAUGUGAGAAAGACACAAGUUACCUCCAAUUAAAGCAUGGGAAGAAGACAGUGUAUACAAGACAUCGAAGAUUUUUAAAAGCUUUUCACCCAUACAGGCGAAUGAAGAAGGCAUUUAAUGGCACAUCUGAGUUUGACAGUGCACCGAUUCCUUUGUCAGGUCAUGAAGUUUUUGAUCGGGUAAAGAACAUCGUCACUAUAUAUGGGAAGACACAAAAAAAGGAUGGGUCCCACAACUAG